ACUGUGAAGAGAAUGAGCCUGCCGAAGUGCCACCUGUCCAGGAUGAACAGGGUCUGGAAGCAAAGAGAUCCAUCAAGAAGAGAAUCAAACAGCUCAAGGUGCUGGACCCAAAGAUCGCUCAGAACCUCUCUAUCUUCCUGGGGUCCUUCAGGAUACCUUACCAGGAGAUCAGACGGGCCAUCCUAGAGGUCGACGAGGAACAGCUCACCGAACCCAUGAUCCAGAAUUUGGUAAAACACCUUCCUGAGCAGGAGCAGCUGAAUGCGUUAAUGAAGUAUCAGAAUGACUACAACAGUCUAUCUGAGCCGGAGCAGUUUGGAGUGGUGAUGAGCAGUGUGAAGCGUCUGCGGCCCCGUCUUAACUCCAUCCUGUUUAAGCUGCAGUUUGAUGAACAGGUCAACAACCUCCGUCCAGACAUCAUGGCUGUCAACGCAGCCUGUGAAGAGGUGAGGAAGAGCAAGGGGUUCAGCCGUCUGCUGGAGCUGGUUCUGCUGAUGGGGAACUACAUGAACGCUGGCUCCCGCAACGCGCAGAGCUACGGCUUUGACCUCAGCUCCCUCUGCAAGCUGAAGGACACGAAGUCAGCUGACCAGAAGUCAACGUUGCUCCACUUCCUGGCUGCAGUGUGUGAGGAGGAGUUCCCAGAGGUCACCAAGUUCUCAGACGACCUACAGCAUGUAGACAGAGCCAGCAGAGUGUCAGCGGAGGCCCUGGAGAAGAACCUAGUUCAGAUGGAGAGACAGCUAGUCCAGCUAGAGAGAGACCUGGUCACCUUCUCCUCUCCUGACGACACUGAAGACCUCUUCACUACCAAGAUGGCUAGCUUUGCCAUGUCAGCCAGAGAGCAGUACCAGAAGCUGAAGAUCAUGCAUGGCAACAUGGGGACCCUCUAUCAGAACAUGGUGGACUACUUUGCCAUUGACUCCAAGAAGACCUCCGUAGAGGAAUUGUUCACUGACCUCAGCAACUUCAGAACCAUGUUCCUG